AGCGGCCGUGCGCACCAUGAGCCGCAUCUACCACGACUGCGCCCUCCGGAACAAGGCGGUGCGGAGCGCGCGGCUGCCGGGGGCCUGGGACCCCGCCGCCCACCAGGGCCGCGACUAUGAACUCCAGCCACUUGCCUCGGCGCCCUGCCCGCAGGCCUUGGCACAGGCCGCCCCGCUUCCCGCCCCGGAAGGGAGGACGUCGUGCAGUGACCCCAACAGCGCGGGGCAGUUGGCUUGCCGUGGCCGUGGGAGGGCAGUGCCUGCCUGGAGGCGCGUGUGGGCUCGGGAUGGGGGGGGGGUGGCUGUCGCAGGGACGUUAUGAGAACAAAUGGACCGUUCCAUUUGGUUAGAAACGCAAGAAUUUGGAGGGGAAACGGCGUCCUGCUGGAGGGAGAACUGGUAGAUGUGUCUCGCCACAGCAUCUUGGAUGCCCAUGACAGGAAGGAGCGCUACUAUGUGCUAUACAUCAGGCCCAGUCGCAUCCAUCGCCGGAAGUUCGACCCCAAGGGAAAUGAAAUCGAGCCCAACUUCAGCGCCACCAGGAAGGUGAACACGGGCUUCCUCAUGUCAUCCUACAAGGUGGAAGCAAUGGGGGACACGGACAGACUCACGCCCGAGGCGCUGAAGGCACUGGUACAAAAGCCAGAGCUGCUUGCGCUGACGGAGAGCCUUACCCCCGCCCAGACAGUGGCGUUCUGGAUGUCCGAGUCAGAGAUGGAGGCGAUGGAGCUGGAGCUGGGGGUCGGGGUACGGCUGAAAACCCGAGGCGAUGGCCCCUUCCUGGAGUCAUUAGCCAAACUUGAGGCUGGAACAGUGACCAAGUGUAAUUUUGCUGGUGAUGGAAAGACAGGGGCAUCCUGGACAGACAACAUCAUGGCCCAGAAGUCUACGAUGGGAGCCACCGCGGAGACCCGAGAGCAGGGGGACGGGGCAGAGGACGAGGAGUGGGACGACUGAGGUGAGUGGGAGUGAAGCGCCCCCUGGGCCCACCAGCACUGCUGAGAAUCUCUUGCAUCAACAUCAACUCUGGAGUUCGAGGGAGCGGUCCGCCAAGCCUUCCCUGGUUUUUCCUACAGCUGCCACGGAAUGCUCUUGGAAUAAGCACUGCUAAAAU